AUGAGAACUUUAAUCUUCUUAUCAUUUACAGUAUUUAUUGCAUUUUCUGCAUCUUCGGAUGAAUGUCUUACAACUGUAGACAAAUGCACAUCUUGCAAAACAGAUGAUCCAACAAAAUGUGAAGCAUGUGAAGAAGGAUACUAUGUUAAAGAUGAAAAAUGCACAGCAUGUUCAGAUAACUGUUACAUCUGUACUGAUGCUAACACCUGCUACAUAUGCAAAAUUGGGUAUUAUAAAGAUGAUAAAUCUUGCAAAAAGUGUUCAACUGGCUGUUCAAAAUGUACUGC